AUAUUUUAUUAUUUUUUAGAUUUUAAAAUAUCACUUAAAUAUAAUUUUAUUAUACUAAAAAGAUUAAUUUUUAGAUAAAUCAUUUUAAAAAAACUAUAUAAUUUUAUGAUUUUAGUUAUAUUAUAAUAUUUACUAAUAAAGACUUAAAUAAUUAGAUAUCAAAAUUAUUCUUUUAAUUAAUAAAAAAUAAUUUGAAUAAUUUCUAAUAUUUUUUUAAAAAAAAUCUCAUAAAAUCAUGUUUAAGAUAAGUUAGUACUUGUGUGUGUGACAAAUAUCUAAGAUUUAAUAAUUAGAAUAUAAAAUUUGAUCUAAUCUUUAAUUCAAAAGAUCGAAGUGAUUGUGAUUUUCAGAAGAAAAAAAAAUCUAGGUGAAAAGCUCAACAAGUUAGUUCACAUGUUGAAGCGUGAAAGGAUUACUUUAAGAAUAUUAAAAGAAUCAUCAUUAUUAAUCAAAGAGAUUUUUUUUUAUUGAAGAAGUUGUGAAAUCAACUCCAUGGUUUCGUUGGAAAAACAAUUUUAGUAGAUGAAUGAUCUUCCAAAGAAUCAUUGUCUGCUAAUGAAGAAACUUCAUCAAAGAGAAUAUAUGUUUCGAACAAUAAAGAUGAUGAAGAAGUUUCGGUCAACACAAUUUUUAAACCUAAUUAAUCAAAUUCUUUGCUCAUAUGCGCUUUUAUAUUUAUAUAUAACCAUUAACCUUUCAUAUAAAAAUAGAAUAAAAAAUAAUCAAAAUUCAAGGUUAGUUGUUCAAUUUUUUAUUAGAGGUCUAUUUUUUUUAUUUGUCCCGGGCCUCCAAAAAGUUAGGACCGGCCCUGAAUGCAUUAAUCAUUGAAUGAAUCUAAAAAUUUAAAUUUUUCUUAUAAUAAAGACCAGAGGGAAUACUAAUGAGCAACUUUAGUAACAAUGACGCCACAAAAUUUUAGGUCUCAAAAAAUUUUCAUCAUGUUACUUAUUCCUCCACAUCCAAAGUUUAUGGCAAGUUGCCCAAAAUUCCUCCUACAACAUAUCUCCAUUAAUACCAAAAUCCAAACUCAAAAUAAUAUUCACCCACUCCUUAAUAUUACUAGUAAAAAAGGAGUCUUUUAUAUCCAACUUAACCACAUUAGUUCAAAUUGCAAAAGUCAAAGAAUCGCUAAAGAAAUGUAUAAUGGAUUCCACCUAUGUUCUAUGGUGACUACAAAAAGAUCUCCCUAAUUGCAUUUUAUUUUUCUUCUCAUUGAUCAUUAUCCUACCAUGAUACACCAACCAAAUAAAGACCCUUAUUCGUUCAAGAAUUUUAAGCUUCCAUAUCAACACCCAACUAUCCUCGUCAUUUUGCCUACCAAAAUUACACAGUAAUUAUAACCUGAUGAAACAGUAAAUUCACCCUUUCCAUUGUUUUGUCAACAACAAAUAUCUCUUCCACUAUUACCAUCGGGAGGCAAUAGAUAGAAUUUUAGUUACCAUAUUUUGAGGAAACAAAUAAUUUUAAAGAACCAUAUCAUAUUGACCAUGUUGAUCCAAUAAGUCCUCUAAAUGCUGGUAAGAAGAUGUAUUGACACCAUCUAUAUUAAUAUCCAUCAACUUUUUAUUUGGUUCAACCCAACAAUGAGACUAAACAUCUAUAUUGACACCAUGUAAUAGUGAUAAGAAAUGUUUGGAGAUUAAAAGUUUCCAAUAAACCAUAUAUCUUAUGGUUUACUUUCAACUCUCAUAUCCAAUUAUUCACAGAGAAGAACGUAUGACACUAUGUUGUCGUUUUCUCGAAUGGGGUAGUUUUUAUCAAGGUUACCUGAUAAUUAAUGUAGUGCAUUUUUUAAAGGUUGAAUAAUUAGAAAACUCUCAUUAACCCUUUAAAUAAGUGCUUUUAUUAUUUGUUCAUCAACUUAAACUUAUUUCCACUAAUAAAAUAAAAAAUAAAUGAGCUUUUAGCCUUUCUACAAAAAAAAGGGUGCAAACAAGAUGAAUAAAGGUGGGACAAAGUUAAAAUUCAACUUAAGGCCGAAAAAGGAUCAAGGAGGCUGAAAAGCAAGAAGCUAAUCGAUUAGGUAACCUACACGUUUCAAAUUUCAGACAAAAUCAAAUUGAAUCUUUAUCUCCAAGCAAAAGAAAACAGUGCAUUACUAGCAAGCGUGCAAGAUCUUUAAUAUCAUCAUUACCUAAUCGAUUAGGGCAAAAUUUUAAUCAAUUAGAUGACUUCUUUUUUAAAAGUUUUGCUUCUCAUAUUUUCUGGGCCGAAUCUUCAUUGAUUUUGUGAAGCUGUUGCACGCUCAGAGCGUCAGAGGAAGCAUUAUAAAUAGGCAACUCUCUCUUUUUUUUUUUCAUCUCAUACUUUUCUCUCCACUUCUUUUUCUCUGGUGUGAGUUUCACUCUACACCAUAAAUAUCAUCGCUCAUGACCUUCACGAAACUCUUCAUCAAGAAGACUAUUUGUAGAAAGGUCAACUGAAACUCAGAUGACAACUAUACAUGACCUUGUCUACUCAAUUUGCUUGAUUGCAAGAUAUAUGGAAAGGCCAACUAAAACUCACAUGACAACUAUAAAGAGGAUCCUCGGGCACUUGAAGUAACCAAUUAGUCUUGUCUCAUGUAUGAUAAAGACAAAGAAUGGAAGUUUGUUGAAUGGUCAAAAUCAGAUUAAGCAAGAGAUCUAAUAGAUAAAAGAAGUACUUUGAAAUAUGUUUUUUAUGCUUGAAAUAAAGGCUCUUUCAUGGUUAUCAAAAACCAUCUAUUGUAACUCUCUCCACCACUAAAGCAGAAUGUAUAGCAACUGCUAGUAGUGACAUUGGAAGCACUCAAGGAUUAUGCAUUACCACUCGUUAUGAUUACAGCUUGACAGCUUCUCCAUCAAAUUGUCUAAAAAUUCAGCAAUGCAUGGAAGAAACAAGCAUAUUGAUGUAUUAGAUUUUACUUUCUGCAUGACUUGACAAAAGAGGGAACCAUCACACUUUCUGCAUGACUUGAGUAAAUAUGAUUUUCCAUUAUAUAACAACUUAUUGAAAUAAUUGCUUUUUGUAUAGUGCUUUUGGUCAUGUUCAAUAAAGCAGCUCUCACUUCUUACAAUUUCCCAUUUGCAAAUGUCAUUACACUUUCUCAGAUGGUGUGUGCAUUUGUUAUUCUCUAUGUGUUGAAAUCCUUCAACAUAAUUUCUUUCACAACUGGUGAAUCCCAAAACAGCUCUAAGUCUAAAAACUCAAUAUUAUUUGUGCCCUUCAGCACACUAGUCCACACAUUUCCUCUAGCAAUAACAUAUUUGUUGUUCAUGGUGGUGACCAUGGAAGCUGUGCGCGGCAUUAACAUUCCAAUGUACACCACUCUUAGAAGAACUAUUGUGGCAUUCACAAUGAUCAUGGAGUAUUUUCUAUCCGGGAAGAAACAUUCAAGCUUUGUUCUUGGAAGUGUUGGGAUAAUCAUAGUUGGUGCUUUGGUUGCUGGAGCUAGAGACUUAUCAUUUGAUGCUUAUGCCUAUUCAGUUGUUUUCAUAGAAAACAUGUGUAAAGCAGUGUACCUUGCUUCUAUCUCUCGUGUAGGUAAAGCUAGUGGUCUUAAUAUAUUUGGUCUUGUAUGGAGCAAUGUGUUGAUUUGUGGACCAAUAUUGUUUUUUUGGUCCUUGCUUAGAGGUGACCUACAAUCAACACUCAACUUCCCAUACUUGCUCUACCCUGGAUUUCUGGUUGUGAUGGUUCUGUCAUGUGCUUUUACUUUGUUUAUAAACUACAUUGUGGUUUUAAAUACAACUGUCAACUCAGCACUUACACAGGCAAUUUGUGGUAAUUUAAAGGAUGUUUUUACUAGUGGGUUUGGAUGGAUAUUAUUUGGAGGACUUCCAUAUGAUUUGGUAAAACACAAAUCCCUUUGGGAACUUAAAAUCUUCAUUGGAUUCAUUUACACUAUUCAUUUCUUUUCAUGUAAACUACUACUUAUUAUGUGUUGUGUUUUGGUGUCAUGCAGUUUAAUGUUGUUGGUCAAUCACUUGGCUUCUUUGGGUCCUGUUUGUAUGCCUAUUGUAAGCUCCAAGGAAUAUGAAGAUGACAAAUUUCAUUUUGAGAUCAGACGCAGUAAACUAGAUUUCUCUUCAAGUUUCUAUUUUCAUAUGUAGUUUAAGAAAUGUAUUUUAGUUGCAAUGUUAAGGUAGAAUGGUGCAGUUUAUAACAUGCACAUUCAGAUUUUGUUCUUAAAGAUCAGUAUUCUGAAAACACAUCUCUGAUGGAAAUCUCAACCAAUCACGUGAUAUUGUGUUUUGAGUGAACAUUUUAGGAGUGGCUGUGAACUUUUCUACUGCUAGCUUCCACGCAGGUGUUUUGAGUGAACAUUUUAGGAGUGGCUGUGAACUUUUUUUACAUAAAUACUUUUUCUACUGCUAGCUUCCACGCAGGUGUUUUGUUCUGAAUACUUCUACCAAAUACUUGUUUUAUUUACUCUUAAAUUGAUUUUAGAAUGCAUCCACUACUGACAUCCCUGCCGGGAUUGCCUCAUGCGGGCCCUCCAAAGAUGGGAAAUUUUCCCCUCUAUAACGGUGAACAUGUCCUCUGCCCCCUCGAAGUCUUCCUCGAAUAGCUUUUAAACUUUUUUACUAUUAAUUUAGUUAAAAAUAAUAAUUUUUUAUGUUUAUGGAUCUCAUCAGAAUCCAAAGGAACAUGGGCAGGAAACAAAAAACUCCAUGAUGGAGAGAUCCGAGACAAGGAUAGGAAAUAGAUGAUCGGAAGGGGGAUGUAUUCCCCCGCCGUCGCCCCAUUGACAUCCCUAGUGCGAAUUGACAAUUAUUGUGAUGCUGAAGGGGCUAAUGAUAUCUUAGGAAAAUUAGUACUAUUAAUCCCAAAACUUACAAAAGAGGCUCCACUCCUAAAGGCGUCU